AUGUCCGGCGACUCGGUGGAGGCUGUUGUGCUUCAGCAGCCGUAUUACAAGUACACCUUCGCAGAGCUGUACGCCUACCGGAAUGACUGGGUUGUUGACAGCGAGACAAACGGCAAGACUGACGACCUUGAUACGUCGCUCUUCACCGCCGCCGCCACCACCCAGCAGGAUGCUGCCAGCACCGAUGCUGCUCCGGAAGAAGACAUCGAAGACCGAUCCAAGCACGGCUCCGCCACCUCUGAUGCCCAGAACGCACUCGCAGACUUGGGCGAGGAUCUCGGCCUUGAUCCUGCGGCACUCGAGGAGGAACAGCCGGUACUGACCAAGAACACUCUCUUCCCGGCUCCCUCGAGCAGGUUCACGUAUGAUGUCAAUCUUAUGGGACCAAAUCUACUGUUCCGCUUUGCAAAGCUGGCGUAUGCACCUUUCAUACGCAUCCACAUACAAUUCCGAGACACGCAUAGCGAUGGUAGACCGUUUCUCGAGGUCGUGAUCGACUUCCAUUGGGCCAACGAUAACGCCCAAGAGCGACGCGGCGUCAUCGACUAUUGUAUGGAGCCUGAGAACCCGAAGACUCGGCUCACCAGAGUGAUAUUCAAUUCUGCGUACGCCACGGUGGUCUUGGGCUGGACCAACCACCUCCGAAAGGACAUCGCUGACCGGUUCACUACCACGGACAAGGCUUUGCUCAAGCAGAUUGAUACCUGGCUCGAGCCGAAGGAGGGCAAGCCGUACGAGGCGAGCUCAGUUAACACAGUCUGCGGCAGUGGUGCCGAAGCUGUCGGAUUCAAGGCUCUUCGCUCCUACAGAGGCGGCACGAGACAGCUGGCGCCAGCUAACAUAACUGCCACCGGUCCUAUCCAGCACUUCCAGUCAGCGUGGUAA